UCUGAGAACUCUGAAUACGCUCGCGCUCGACGUCUUUUGGAGAAAGCUCGCACCUCAGCGCCAACUGCCCGUGUUUGGAUGAAGUCAGCGCGUCUUGAAUGGUGUCUAGGCGACCUAAAAACAGCAUCUGCCAUGCUGGAAGAGGGCUGCUCAAAGUACCCCAAUGCUCCCAAGUUACAUAUGAUGCGAGGACAAUUGGCUCAGAUCCUAGCUGAAGAAGAGAAACCGGAAUCUAAGGAACGGGAAGCUCUCCUUGAAAAGGCGAGGGAAGCUUUCAAAGAAGGAUCAUUUAUGUGA